AUGGCAUGGCAGAGGCCGAGCUGUGUUGCUCGCGCUCUCAGAUCCACACAGAAUAGCUUUCAAUGGGAAUCCCACCUCUCCCGCCCUUCAUUUAUAGCUCCCCGGAAGCAGUGUCUCUCCACAGUCGCACCCGCAAUGUUUCUCCGCUCUCAGAAACGCUCCCAGAAACACUCCCAGAAACGCUCUCUAUCCACAUCGGCCGAGGAACCCGAGAUUAAAGCUGCUCCCCCAAUUGAUACGGCGAAACUGAAAAUUACUCCCUCCCGUAUACUGCCUACCUCACCCGCCUACUUCACCGGUACCCCGAAAUUCAUCGACGAUGUGUUGAAGUUGGAAUAUAUUCAAAGCAAAUAUGCUCUGUUACCCACUGUCCCCGCCAGUGAAGCGCCACGGACGGCUUUUCUCAAACAUGCAGACUAUAAAAAUGUUAUUAACGAGGAGGUACCCGCCGCCAAAUAUCGCCAGCUGCAGAAAAUUCUGUUCAGGUUGAACCAGAUCCAACCGGACUUGGUACCCAAGGAAGUAAAAGAUGUUCUAAAGAAUUUCAUACGACCGGGAAACCCAUAUCAGCAACAACUAAAGCCCAAGGAGCUCGACAACAAGGGUCGGGCUAGAGGCGUUGGGCGACGGAAAACUUCACAUGCACGAGUUUGGUUGGUUGAAGGAGAGGGGGAGGUGCUCAUCAAUGGCAAGAAUAUCGUUCAAGUGUUCUCCAGACUCCAUGAUCGAGAGAGUGCUCUCUGGCCCCUAAAGGUGACCAAUCGCUUGGAUAAAUAUAACGUUUUUGCUAUUGUGCGUGGGGGUGGUGUUACUGGUCAAGCAGAAGCCAUGACUGUUGCUCUGGGGAAAGCUCUUCUGGUUCAUGAGCCUGCAAUAAAGCCGAUAUUAAGGAGAGCCGGUUGUAUCUCAACGGACCCUCGACAAGUCGAGAGAAAGAAGCCGGGUCACCUUAAAGCAAGAAAGAUGCCUGCAUGGGUCAGGCGGUGA